UCCAGCUGGUUUGCACUGGGAUUAGCUGCUCUUUGCAUGCGCUUGUAGCCGUGGAUGUGGUUUCUGUAGCGAUGGGGCCGACCGCGGGGAUCUAUUGGCUGCUGGCUUUGUAAAUUUCAUUCAGUUUGGUCCAAUAGCAGAGGGGGAGCUGGGAGCCAUCAGGACCUCUCGCUUCAAUCUCUCUUUUUCUUGCAGACGGGUCUCUGUCUCUCCAUACAGAGCUCUUAUUCAGACGUAACGCUGCCCUUCCUGCUCCGACUGUGUCCCUGUUUCUUCUUCCCCAUCAGACUACGGCAGAAACAACGAAUUUCCUGCAAACGGCAGCGUCGGUGGUCCUCGCGUUUCUUCGGGGGAGCGAAUCCAGUUGGGAUUCGAGAAAGCCAAGGCGCUUGGACUUAGUAUAUCCUCCUGAAUCAUAGCCUCGGUCCCUGGAAAAAUCUGGAUGCAUAAAAAGAACACUUACAGCCGAUGCAGCUUUUCCACGGCUAAGGUAUCUGUUUGACCUACUACGCAGGGCGAAUUGGAAUGGCUGUGAAUGUCCCUGUGAAACCCCAAGUCUUUAGUUGUAAAGGUGAAAUUAUAUGGAGAGGCUUCUUUGAAACAUUGUCAUAGCGUGGAAUAGAUCAUUCUUAGCUUCUACGUCCGAUAUUCCGCCAAAGGGAAAAAUGUGCUGAGAUGGAAAAGAAAUCAAGUAGAUUUCCAUGGUGGCAUUUUUAAAAGCAUCUUCUUAGAAGGACAAUGUAAUGGCUGACCGCUCUGCCUUGGACUUCUCCUAAGUGAUCGUUGCCCCGGGGAGGUGUUGGAUGGUCACCGCUUCCUUGGAGCCUCGCACGGGCUGAAAUUCGGCACCAGGAUUAAGAGAGGGCUGCUGUCCCGUGAUGGGCUGCCGAGAAAACCGCCGGGUUUGUUGUUAACCUUGGGCUCUGUCUAUGACCCAUCGGAGAGGCUUCCUAGCAAGCCCUUCCCCUCUCCAGGGUCUUGGUCCCUGGAAAGCCGUCUCUCUCUGCAGGCUCCCUUCACGGCUUGCUUUGCUUGGAGUUGCAUCUCACGGACGCCCGCGGAUGUGGUGGUGAACCAUGUCGAGACCCCAGGGACUGUUAUGGCUUCCGCUGGUCUUCACCCCGGUCUGUGUCAUGGUGAACUCCAACGUCCUGCUGUGGAUCACCGCCCUGGCCAUCAAGUUCACGCUCAUCGACAGCCAGGCGCAGUAUCCUGUGGUCAACACCAAUUACGGCAAAAUCCGAGGCUUGAGAACACCGCUGCCCAAUGAGAUUUUGGGUCCAGUGGAGCAAUACUUGGGGGUCCCUUAUGCCUCGCCUCCUACCGGGGAAAGGCGGUUUCAGCCCCCGGAACCCCCCUCCUCAUGGACUGGGAUUCGGAACGCCACUCAGUUUGCUGCCGUGUGCCCCCAGCACCUGGAUGAGCGGUCUCUCUUGCAUGACAUGCUGCCCAUCUGGUUUACUGCCAAUCUGGAUACUCUGAUGACCUACGUUCAAGAUCAGAAUGAAGACUGCCUUUAUUUGAAUAUCUAUGUGCCCACGGAGGAUGGAGCCAACACAAAGAAAAACGCUGAUGAUAUAACCAGUAAUGACCGUGGUGAAGAUGAAGACAUCCACGACCAGAACACUAAGAAGCCAGUAAUGGUGUACAUCCACGGCGGGUCUUACAUGGAGGGCACGGGCAACAUGAUUGACGGCAGUAUCCUAGCGAGCUACGGCAAUGUCAUCGUGAUCACAAUUAACUACCGCCUGGGGAUUCUAGGGUUUUUAAGUACCGGCGACCAGGCGGCCAAAGGCAACUAUGGGCUCCUGGAUCAGAUCCAAGCAUUACGUUGGAUUGAGGAGAAUGUCGGGGCCUUCGGUGGGGAUGCCAAGAGAGUGACCAUCUUCGGCUCCGGCGCGGGUGCUUCUUGUGUCAGCCUCUUGACCUUGUCUCACUAUUCAGAAGGUCUGUUCCAGAAGGCCAUCAUCCAGAGCGGGACUGCCCUGUCCAGCUGGGCCGUGAACUACCAGCCUGCCAAGUACACUCGGAUAUUGGCAGAUAAAGUCGGCUGCAACAUGCUGGAUACCACGGAUAUGGUGGAAUGCCUUCGGAAUAAGAACUACAAAGAGCUCAUUCAGCAGACCAUCACCCCGGCCACGUACCACAUCUCCUUCGGGCCCGUCAUUGACGGGGAUGUCAUCCCCGACGACCCUCAGAUCCUGAUGGAGCAGGGAGAGUUCCUCAACUAUGACAUCAUGCUCGGGGUCAACCAGGGGGAGGGGCUGAAGUUCGUGGACGGCAUCGUGGACAAUGAAGAUGGCGUGACGCCCAACGAUUUUGACUUCUCGGUGUCCAACUUCGUGGACAACCUUUACGGCUACCCGGAGGGGAAGGACACCUUGCGGGAAACCAUCAAGUUCAUGUACACGGACUGGGCAGAUAAGGAGAACCCCGAAACACGGCGGAAAACCUUGGUGGCUCUGUUCACCGACCACCAGUGGGUGGCCCCCGCCGUGGCCACCGCGGACCUGCACGCGCAGUACGGCUCGCCCACCUACUUCUACGCCUUCUACCACCACUGCCAAAGCGAGAUGAAGCCCAGCUGGGCGGACUCAGCCCACGGCGAUGAGGUCCCCUACGUCUUCGGGACCCCCAUGAUUGGCCCUACCGAGCUCUUCAGCUGCAACUUCUCCAAGAACGAUGUCAUGCUCAGCGCAGUGGUCAUGACCUACUGGACGAACUUCGCCAAAACCGGUGAUCCUAAUCAGCCAGUUCCUCAGGACACCAAGUUCAUUCACACAAAACCCAAUCGCUUUGAGGAAGUGGCCUGGUCCAAGUAUAACCCCAAAGACCAGCUCUAUCUGCAUAUUGGCUUGAAACCCAGAGUGAGGGACCAUUACCGAGCCACAAAAGUGGCUUUCUGGUUGGAACUCGUGCCUCACUUGCACAACUUGAAUGAGAUAUUCCAGUAUGUGUCCACAACCACAAAGGUUCCUCCUCCGGACAUGACCUCCUUUCCCUACGGAACUCGGCGAUCUCCUGCCAAGAUAUGGCCCACGACCAAACGCCCAGCGAUCACUCCCGCCAACAACCCCAAACACUCCAAGGACCCUCAUAAAACGGGGCCCGAGGACACCACCGUCCUCAUCGAAACCAAACGGGAUUAUUCCACUGAGUUGAGCGUCACCAUUGCCGUGGGGGCAUCCCUACUCUUCCUUAACAUCUUGGCGUUCGCGGCGCUGUACUAUAAGAAGGACAAGAGGCGCCAUGAGACGCACAGGCGCCCCAGUCCCCAGAGAAAUACCACAAAUGACAUCGCUCACAUCCAGAACGAAGAGAUCAUGUCCCUGCAGAUGAAGCAGCUGGAGCAUGAUCACGAGUGUGAGUCCUUGCAGGCUCACGACACGCUGAGGCUCACCUGCCCUCCAGACUACACCCUCACGCUGCGCAGGUCCCCCGAUGACAUCCCACUUAUGACACCAAAUACCAUCACUAUGAUUCCCAACACGCUGACGGGGAUGCAGCCUUUGCACACGUUCAAUACCUUCAGUGGAGGACAAAACAGUACAAAUUUACCCCACGGGCAUUCAACCACUAGAGUAUAGCUUUGCCGUCUCCUUCCCCUCCCUCUGCGCCUCCCCUCAGCCACAUCGAAGAGAGAAAGAAAGAAGCAACAUCUCCAAACAAGGAAUGUUUGGCUUAAGUAAAAAAAAAAAAAAAAGCAAAAGGGCAGCCACUGUGUCCUUGCAGACCCUUUCCAUUGGCAUUUCCCAGUACAACGAGAUCAACUUCUGACCCUACGAAAUGUGAAACGUAUACAUUGCUGUUACAAUACUGCUUUAAGAUCUCCACCAUCCAGCAAACUUUAGUGCAACUAGGACAUCGAAGUUUCAAGGACCUGGAUGUUUCCAAUGUGACCAUAGAAGCUGACUCUUCUGGAACUCAGCCGAGGACACAUUUUUUUUUUUUUAAUUACAAUUGAAAUAAACAAAUAAAUAAAAGUUCUUUUUGUGCCAUAUGACAGAUGGCUCUACUUAAGUGAAGAAAGAAUCUAUGGGCUGUUACCCAGCAUAUGGAGCUGUAAUCCAGAGAGAAGGAAAAGUAGAAUUUUAUUAAAAUAAAAGAACUGACUAUGCAGUUACAUACGUAGAGUUCUGUGCAAAGAGAUGUUUUGCCAGCCUGAACUCUAUUUAAGAAACUUUGUAAAAAAAAAAAAAAAUGUAUAUAGCUGUGCAUUUAAACAAACACACACACAGAGAAAAACAAAAACAAACAAAAAAAGCUUUUAUUGGUGUUUUCAGUUUGAAAGAGCUUUUAGCAAGAUUGUGCUUUCCAUUGUGGUCUGUAUGUAUAUAAAUCUAUAUAUACAUUAGUCAUAUCACCUCUGUCUCCUCCAGGACAAAGGAGGAUUUUCUUCUUAAUUCCUUGUGGCCAACAGACAUGGGGUUUUCUAACGUGUUUCAUUUGUAGGAGGAUGUGAUUGUCACACAGCGGACCUAGACCGUCUGUUCGACUAGGCUCUCUCUCCCCUUUUUGGGCUGGAAAGUGCAUGCGACAGCAUUCUUAGGAGACCGUUAUUUUUAGGAAAACUUUUAUUUUUGUGCGUUAAGGCUUCAUGAAGUUGCAACCCCAGGAUGGAUCCCCAACAUGGAGCCUAUUUAAAGCUUGUUGAAUUAGAAACACGCACAUGCAGAGUGACCGCGGGGGAAAAACAGAAUACAAGUCUCGUUCUGUAGUUCUGGCUCUUUGAAUCUGUUGAGGAAGAGUUGCUUCCCAUCCCAGGGUCCUGCCAAAAAGGAAAAGAAAGCUUGUCUUUGGUAGGGCCAAGCUCUGCUGAGUCAAUACAGCUCUGUAUUCCCCAGCAGCUGCAGAAGGGUUUGGCUGAUGAAAUACCUGCUCAGCUUAGCUAAUCAGAUUGAAAGAGGGCAUGUGUCUUUCCUUUCUGUUUAAGCAGUAAGUCCCUUAUUUAUCAGUAAGCAGGGAUUUUUAUUUUUUAUAUCAUUUAUGGGAUAAAACAUAUGCUUGUCUGAAACUAUUACCUUUUGUGGAUUUGUGUAUCAGUCACUGAUCCAUGAGUAUUACAGAGAGAAAACAAACAAAAGGAUAGAACAUUAAAAGUGCUUUGCAUGGGUUUUCUGGGAAGUUAGGAUGGCUUCACUGUCAAGGUAACACACAGAAAUAUUCAGUCAUUUUAAAUUGGUGAGACAGGGAUGAGAAGUUUGUCCCUCUGGCACUUUGUCAUUUUCUCAUCGUCCUUUUAAUUUUACUUAAGGAAUAUUUUGCAAGUGUCCUAAAGUGGAAGGAAAAAAAGAGUAACCAUGGUGACUUUAUGUUUUGUCUUUCAAAAAUUAUUGCAACACUGGGAAAUAGUAGCCAAAGAUAUUUGAAGAUAAUGUCUCUGGGCAUGCUUCUCAUGGAAACCCAGCAUUAAAUGUCUUUGCCAAGGUGGACAUUCUCCACAAAGAUAGUCCAAAUUCCUUGUCUCUUUGUAUAAUCUUUGAUUAAUGAACCCCUAAAGUAAAACUGUAGCAAUGUCUAUCAAAGUGUUUGAAAAUGGCCCCCCUAGAAAAAGAGAGUUCUUAAAAAAAUGCAUACAGAUCAGCCAAUAAAUUCUGUUGUUCAUCUUGGUUUAAGAUGUGAUUCUUAAACCAAGAGUGAUUCUCUGUAUAUACAUAUGUGAAAUAUAAUCCCAACUUUGCAUAGAGUGAAACAUCACUCCUGCAGCUAGAGGUGUUAUGGGUAUGAUUUUUGUUCAUCAUUUUUUAAAGCUAUUGUCAGGCCAUUUCUGCAAGCUGUGUAUUACCCCAGCUAAGCUACGAUGAAUAGGCUCUCCAGGAAACUACAAAGGAUGUGAUGCUUGGCACCAAUGUGGGUCCGGUAUGUUUGUAAUGUGAAUUCCAGUAUUUGUUUAGUAUUUCCAAUUGUCUUCUGCUAGCAAUAUGCACAGUAAUGUAUCAGGCUUGUGACAUUUGGAUAAGGAAAAAAAAAAAAAAGAGUUCUUGUUAAGUGAAUAACUUUAGCUUUUACAAAGGAUUAUGAUCAAAAGCAAUUUAAUACACCUUAAAUGAUAUUUCUACAUGGAAAGAAGUUAUAGAAUCUUCAUAGAGUUCUAUGAGAAUAAAAUAUACUUGCUAUCUAUAAAAAAGAGAAAAAAAAAAAAGAAAAAAAAACAUAAGUUAAAAAAAAACUUUCCUAGGCUUUUAUUCUUGACCUUCACUGGCACGCAGGGUUUAAUGGUUUCUUGGAUUAUUAUUUUGCGAUUUUGUUUUUGAUUUUGCCUUAAGUAAUGAUAGAAGAUAUAUAUGGCUGGACACAUAUGUAUAAACUUUUCAGCAGCAUUUUUAAUAAUAAAAUAUCACAG